UUUCGCGUUGGGAACUUUGGAGCAAAAUGUGCCUUUUAGACCAGGAAUAUGAGAUCUCCAAAACGGAUUCUAUUUAGUAAGAUGCUGUGUCACAUUACCAGGUCAAACAAAGGGAUUACUUUGCAACACUAUAUCAACACAGAAUCAAGUCCGUUGCUGAAGAGGUGAUCCAACGUUCAAAAGUGACGCGACGCGACGCUGAAACUAAAGAGCGGUGGAAUAACGUUUGUUUUUGCUGAUGUGGAAACUUUAUCUUGUUAUCGAUAGCCUACCUGUUAUCCUCAGACUUUCUGUCAUCGUAUGUAUCCGGUCGGAAAUAUUAACUAGCCUUUUCCCAAAUGAGAUGUAAAUUCGCGCCGUCGGAGUUGAUGGGGAGCACGAGACAGCCAGCACACCUCACAGAGAAACUUACGGGGAAAAACAUGCCGUCUUUUCAUCCAUGGAGACAUGGCAUAUAGGUUCCUGUCCAGCCGAAUCGUGCCAUCCUCAAACAGAUUAAACAGAAGAUUUAUUUUUAUAUUCACUAUCUCUUUGUCUUUCACGUAUCUAUGCUACAGCAUCCUCUUCUGCUCCGGUACAAUCAUGCCUAACCAGAGAUUGGAGGAGCACCGCUGCGUCCAUCUGAAGAACAUGGGGAGUAAAAAACUUUUACAGAAGUCACAUUAUUGCACUAUAUCAGCGAAAGCGAGAGUUAUCUCGGACGAGACGAGGGCUGUGGGUCUCUUAAACCUUACUGGCAACCAAAGCAAACAUUCAGCCUUUCAGAAAACAAAAGAUGUGGUAGAUCACAAGCAGAGUAAUAACAGCAAUUCGCCAAAAUACGGGAAUAAGAAGUUGCCCAAUGCACUUAUAGUAGGCGUUAAGAAAGGAGGCACCAGGGCGGUGUUGGAGUUCAUCCGGAUUCAUCCAGAUGUUCGAGCUCUUGGGACUGAACCACAUUUCUUUGAUAGAAACUAUGACAAAGGAUUUGACUGGUACAGAGGCCUUAUGCCACGUACUCUGGACAGCCAGAUCACCAUGGAGAAAACACCAAGUUACUUUGUGACACGCGAGGCACCUCGGCGCAUCUCAAACAUGUCUCGCGAAACAAAGCUGAUUGUAGUGGUGCGGAACCCUGUCACGAGGGUGAUCUCCGACUACACACAGACCCUAUCAAAGAAGCCCGACAUCCCUUCUUUUGAGGAACUAGUUUUCAAGAACAGGAGUCAAGGCAUCGUGGACACCUCCUGGAAUGCUAUCCGCAUAGGCAUGUACAUCCUCCACUUGGAGAACUGGCUGCAAUACUUCCGUCUAUCGCAGAUCCAUUUUGUCAGCGGAGAGCAGCUCAUCACGGAUCCGGCCGGAGAGCUGGGACGGGUGCAGGAUUUCCUAGGGCUCAAACGCAUCAUCACGGACAAGCACUUCUACUUCAACCGAACGAAAGGCUUCCCGUGCCUGAAAAAGCCGGAAAGCAGCAGCCAGCCCCGCUGUCUGGGCAAGUCCAAGGGCAGAACUCACGUUCAGAUUGACCAGGAAGUCAUUGAGCAGCUUAGAGAAUUUUAUAGGCCAUUCAAUGUGAAAUUUUAUGAAAUGGUGGGUCAUGACUUCAGAUGGGACUGAGAGAGGACCUUAGUGAAACCGGCCUCUAUCUUCUGACGAAUGAAUACAUCUCCAAGGGAUAUUUCACUUAGAAAUUUAAAUUCUGUCAUCAUUUCCUCACUCUGAUAUUGUUCCAAAAAUGUACGCCCGUUUUUCUUCUGUGGAACAUAAAUUCAGAAGAACAUGCAGAUAGCUUUUCUUCCAGAAAUUCCCAUGGACUGUACUGUCAGCUUUGCCAUCAAAGGAAUAAAUUACAUUUUAAUAUAUAUUAAAAUAUGAAAACAGCUGUUUUAAAUUGAAAUAAUUAAUUUUUUGCAAAGUUUUAACUAUUGGCGAGCAUAAGAGACUUACUUUAAAUGCAUUGAAAAUCUUAACAAUCUCAAACUUGUGAACAUUUCAUAUAUGUUUGGAGGGUGAGUUAAUGAUGACAUAAUUUUCAUUUUUGGGGUAACUAUCCUUUUGAACCAGUUUGCAGGACAAAAGGACAGAACAGAACACCUCAAACUAAUUAAGACCCAGUGCUCUUAAAAUAUUAAAAAAUAUAAAAUAUGGGUAAAAUACAAAGUUGUAUGUACUGUAGCUCAUUGCUUUUGACAUGAAAUGCUUGAAUACAUUUAGAACCCCUUAAACAGAAUAAGUGAGAAGCUCUCGUUCAGUGCCACAGCUUUUAGCACAGCAUUUGUUUUGUUCAUUGCCCUCCCGUUACUGUUUAAAACACUCAACCAAGUUAAUCUUGAUAUGAAAUAGAAACCCGUAAAGCAUACAGUGACUGAUGAGGUGUGUCAUUAAGUUUAUCUCACAAAAUGUAACAGAGGAAAACAAAUUAAAUGAAUCAUCAUUUGUAUUUAUUUUUUUAUCACUUUCAUUCUCGGU